UUAAAAUAUUCCAAUAAACUUAAUAGUUUAUAACUAAAAUGAUUGUUUUAUUUGUAACUGUAAUUAUUACUGUAACAGUGAUUUCUCCGACGGACACUGCAAACAUUUUAGCUGUGUUCCCUCAUCAAGGUUUAAGUCAUCAUUUGGUUUACUUGCCGUUUAUUCAAGAACUUGCAAACCGAAAACACAACAUCACUUUUAUCAGUAACUAUCCAAUAGAACAUCCAAAUAUAAAUAAUUUAUCAAUCAGAGGAUCAAUACCUAUUCAUAACAACAAACAAAAUAUCAGCCUUUUCGAAGGCUGGUCUUCAAUGAACGAAAUAAUAUACUCGAUAACUACGGCUGAGUCAUUUUAUAGUUACGGAAAAGUAUAUGAAGCUAUGUUUACGGUUGACAGUGUUAUGAAACUAUUAAAUAGUCCAUCCAAAUUUGAUUUACUUGUCACAGAACAUUUUAAUAAUGAAUUAUUUAUUGGCUUUGCAUUUAAGUUCAACAUACCUUUUAUACUUUUGAGUAGUUGCAACUUAUUGCCCUGGAAUAAGCAUGCGAUUGGUCAACCAUAUUCGUUAGCCAGUAUACCUUCAACAUUGACCAGCCUACCUAUAAAAAUGAACUUUUAUAACAGAGUUAUGAAUACAAUUGCUCAUACAAUACAAUUAUUUGGUUAUAAAUUGUUGUGUCGGACUAGAGACGAAGCAAUAAUCAAACGAAAUCUUGGCAUAGAAGUUUCAUUAGACCAAAUUAUUUUGAACGCUAGUUUGUUUCUGGUUAAUUCUCAUUUCACAAUGUUUGCAUCUAAACCAUUAGUACCAACUGUCGUAGAAAUCGGUGGUAUACAUAUAAUGCCAAUCAAACCUCUGCCCAUAGACAUCCAGAAAUAUAUUGACGAAGCUGAGAAUGGAGUCAUAUAUUUCUGCAUGGGCAGUUUAUUUCGAGGUGAAACUUUUUCUGCCGAAAAAAGACAGAUGUUUUUAAAUGUUUUCAACAAAAUUCCACAGCGAAUCCUAUGGAAAUGGGAAGGAGAACUACCAGAAAAACCGUCUAAUGUAAUGAUUCGAAAAUGGAUGCCUCAAAGAGAUAUUUUGGCUCAUCCUAAUGUUAAACUAUUUAUAUCUCAUGGUGGCCUAUUGGGAACUACCGAGGCUGUGUAUGAAGGUGUUCCUAUUUUAUCAAUUCCUAUUUAUGGUGAUCAAAUGACAAAUAUCAAAGCUCUUGAAAACAAAGGAGUUACCGAGAUGAUGAAUCUUGGUGAUUUGAAUGAAGAUGAAAUUUUUAUGAAAAUAACAUCUAUGCUCACAGAUCCUAAAUACCGACAAAAGGCUAAAGAGUUAUCAGAAGCUUUCCGUGACCGACCUAUGUCUCCUUUGGAAACUGCAGUGUAUUGGAUAGAGUAUGUUAUUCGACACAAAGGGGCGCCUCAUCUUCGGUCUGCUGCUGUCGGUAUGCCAUGGUAUCAAUAUUACUUAAUCGAUGUACUGAUUGUAAUCUUCUUAUCUGCAAUAACAUUUUUUGUAUUACUUUACUACUUAAUUUUGAAAGUUCCUUUAAGAUUAUUAAAUAAAAAAUCUAAAGAGAAACAAUCUUAAAUAAGUGAAUUUAACUUAUGCUUAAUAGUAAAUAUUAAAUUAAUGAUUGCCUUUUUAAGUGCAAAGUAUAUAUACCUAAAAUACAAAUAGGUACCUACCUAUAUUUUUGAUUCAGAUGUCUGAUAGUAAGACGUGUACGGUGUAACCGUGGGAGUUAUUACUAACUAAUAACAGUGAUGUAUUGCUAAAAUAAACUGGGUAUAUGCCUUAUUCACGUAGAUAUAUACUAGUAUAAUGGAGAGAUCCUGGUAGGAUCCAAAAAAUUUUUUCUUGCUCCGCUCGAAAUAUAACUUUUAUUUCUCUUAACAAUAUACUAUAUUAAAAACAA